AUGGCAGUUUCACCAGAGGCAUACGCCAUCAUAUCACAAAAGAAGGCUAAAUACUGCCGUCUCGCUGACACUCAACAAUGGGACAAGUUUGACAGUAUCAUGCUCCCCAACGCGACAUACUCGUUCCACGACCCUGAUGGAAGCGUGAUUAUAAGGGACGGCACGACCUUUUCAUGGUCGUCGCGAGAUGAAUGGGCUGCCUUCUUUAACAAUGAAAAUAAAGAAAUACAGGCGAUUCACAACAUCGGCCCUCCAGAAAUGGAGCAGGUCGCGCCAGAUGAGAUCAAGGCUAUUUGGUCGGUUAUAUACCAUGCGGGUAACAAGAAUGCUGAAUCAGGUGUUCAUGGGACUGGUGGCGGAUACUAUCAUGAGACGUGGAAGAAGGUUGGAGAUGACUGGUUUAUGGCUACACUGAGGAUGGAGAGAUUGUAUUGGAAGAUGCUGAUGCACUGA